CUGUAGUCAGGGACUUGAAUAGGUUUCACUAUAUCAAGAAAGCAGGGAAAUGUUCGUGCAAUGACUACUGGUGAGUGGUGAUCUUGAUAAACACAUCGGAUGAAGAAAGUGGUUUCAUGUUAUUAUUGUUGAAUUCAAAGAACAUAAGCUUCAUCUGUGAAAAAUUUUACAGCAACUGUCCGUUUUGUGAAGUACUGAUGAUUUCGGCACAGCAGUAAAUCAGAUCUUUUUUCUUUCAGUUUUUCGUUGUUGCUUGUUUUACCGAUUGAUCAAGCCAGUCACCCCGUCAUCGACACACCAGCAAUGGGUUUGACUGGUGGACUGAGCAGAAAUAUUGUUGAAGAAAAUAGGAAUGGUGGUUUUGAGUGUUAAGUAAACAUCUAGGCCUCUAAACCUCAUAAUUCGAAGAUUUCUCAGCAAUUCCUUCUUAAUCAAAAUUUAAGUAAUGGUGAGCAUUCCGGAGGAUAUUAUAUCAGACAUCCUUGUUAGGUUGCCAGCGAAGUCGAUUGGGCGGUUCAGGUGUGUAUCAAAGGCAUGGUACAAGUUAUUGAAAGGCAGUGAGUUUGUUAAAAUGCAUCUUAAUCAUGCUAAUGAGAUGAACAAGUUUAAUAUCACGCACCAUAAUUUUACUGAAUUCCACACCAUAGGUUAUGAUCCAUCAUCAUCAACAUGUAGUGAUCUUGUUAGUACUGUCAAUUGCCCUUUAUCAUCUGAUGAUUAUCGUGGAUACGGAUUUUGGGGGUCUUGUAAUGGUUUGGUUUGUUUAACUUGUUGUGAUGCUAGAGAGAUUAAUCCUCCUAGCAUUGUUGUCAUCUGGAACCCGUGUACUAACGAGUAUAAGAAGUUACCAAUAUCACCAAGUGAAGACUCCAUCCAUAGAGUAUCACCAACUGUGAGGUUCGGUUUAUUAGUACGUUAUGGAUUUAUUUAUGAUUACAAGAUGGAUGACUUCAAAGUUGUAAGUCUAGGGAUUUAUAAUGAUAAGUAUCUUUGUGAGAUCCAUGUCUACACGUUAUCAUCAAAUUCAUGGAGAAGACUUGAGGACAUCCAUUAUGAUCUUCAUAACCAUUACGUUACACCUGAAUUUUCUAGGGUGCCUGUUAAUGGAGCUCUUCACUGGAAAGCAUUUCGUGAACCAAGGGGAAAGAAAACUGAAGUUAUCCUUUCUUUCAAUGCGGAGAAAGAGAUAUCUGAAGAGAUCCAAAUGCCUAGCUUGUUUGAUGGAAUGUAUUGUACAACUUUGUGUGUGUUAAAAGAGUCUCUUUGCUUACUUGGUUAUGUUUCUUUGUUAUGGGUCGAGUUAUGGGAGUUGAACGACUGCGGAGUGAAAGAUUCUUGGACUAGAAUUUUCAACAUCGACAUACAAAAGCUUUUCGGGCAUGUGGCACAUUUGACACCCUUGCGAUCUUUUGAGAACGAUGAGAUUCUGUUUGGAAUGGACAGGAAUAAUGCGUUUAAUGUGGUUUUAUAUGAUCCAGUGAAUGACACAACUAGAGCUGUUGAGGUUCAUGAUGGUAUGAAAACAUUCUCAUAUUGUCUUUCUGUAUACAAAGAGAGCUUAGUUUCUCCCAACUCGGGUACUUAUUCGAGGCAGGCGGAAAUAGAUGAAGGAAUUGAUUCAGAUUCACUCUUGCAAGAGGAAGGUGGUUCAUGAUGGUAUGAAAAUAUAUGUUUAGGUGUUUGAUGUAUGCCCCCGCCUGAUUUCAUAUCAGCCAAACUCUUUAACUUUUGUAUUUCCUACACCAUCUUUUUUCUCCAUCUUAUAUAGGUAUCCUCUUUAUUGCAUCCAGUACGAAUUUUUCAAAAAGAAGCUUAAACUCUUUCCAAGUUUAAGAAUUUC